AUGGCGUCAAACGAGGGAAAGCGUGCAGUUGGAAGACCCCGAAUUUUAACAGAAUCGGCAAGAAAAAGAGCGAAAAAAGAACGAGACAGAGUACAGUUGAGGACAAAGGUAUACUUAGGAGAUCAGUAUGACCGAUGGAUGAGAAAGAAAGAGGAACUAGGUGAAACUCACGCUGGACUGGCGAAGAUGCUGCUUGACAAGUUUUUGACAGACAGUGAAACAGAAUCAGCUGAUCAAUCAACUGGUAGUGCAACAUUUGUAAUGGUGGGGAAAACAGGAAAAGAAAAGUUCUCGACUCCUGUUGGGGAAAAGAGCAAAACAAGAUUCAUUUGCCCCCCAGAUGUUUCUGAAAUUUCUUCAGCUUUGAGUGAGAACACAGAUGUCGAUGUACCUGAACCAAAGAAAACACCCAGCCAUUCAUUGCAAAGCGGAGAAGAAUCUCCGGGGUAA